CCUGCAGAUAAACAAGUUGUACGGCGCUCAUUGAUAACUUGACCAAAGAUAAUGACUAAAUAUCCUUCCAAUUGAAUAAGUUUAUAGAUUAUGUCAGAAUUAAUGUGUCAUGUGUGAUUGUGUUUCAAGUGGAUAUUGGAUGUGAACGUGUGACUGAGUUUUCAAGCUUUUGAAAAAUGAAUUGGAUUGUUGAAACAACUAUUGUCCAUGUCUUGUUUUUGGGUUCGAUUUUCGUGAUAUAUUUUCGUUCGCCAGUGAUUCAAGGACUUCAUCCGCAAUCCGAUCUACUUAAUCCUCCUGCUAAACGUUUAGUUCUUUUUGUAACGGAUGGGCUGAGAGCAGAAUCAUUUUUCGACGAAGGAUGCAAACAUGUCCCACAAAUUAGAGAUAUUUUUAUGGAAGAAGGGAUGGUUGGCGUUUCCCAUACUCGUGUACCUACUGAAUCGCGACCCGGACAUAUAGCGUUAAUUGCAGGUCUUUAUGAAGAUCCUACGGCUGUAACAAAGGGGUGGCAAGAAAAUCCGAUAGAUUUCGAUUCAGUUUUCAAUCGAAGCAGAAAAACAUAUGCAUGGGGAAGUAAUGAUGUCCUGUCGGCGUUCUCUAAAGCUGAUUACAAUAAAAAGAUGGAAUUCUAUGCCUACGAUCACGCGCUUGAUUUUUCUGGAAAAGAAAAAACGUACCAACUUGACAUGUGGGUUUUCUCAAGAGCGCGAGAUUACAUUGUACAAAAUGCAGCCAGAUUGAAGUCCGAAUCAAGAAUUGUUUUUUUCUUCCAUUUGCUGGGAUUGGAUACAGCUGGCCACGUACAUAAACCAGGCUCACCAUUAUUUUUUGAAAAUCUGAAAGUAACCGACAAUGGCAUUUUCGAAAUGUAUCAACUUUUUAAAGAACAAUUUGACGACGGUGAAACAGCUUUUAUUUUGACAUCCGAUCACGGCAUGACAGAUAAAGGAUCCCACGGAGCUGGUGAUAUAUAUGAGACGGAGACACCUUUGGUUGCAUGGGGGGCAGGAAUUCAUAACUGGCAUGCAUUACCAAGAAAGGUUAGCAAUAGGCUGAAAAGCAAAGAAAUUGCUGGAACGAGGAUGGCUAGUUUUGAUAUUGAACAAGCCGACAUUGCACCUUUGAUGGCUGCCUUAAUUGGUACCGCUAUGCCAAUUAAUAACUAUGGAAAAUUGCCACGAGAUUUGCUGAAUGUUCCCGAUGAGUAUAUUGCGAAGGCAAUGUUUAAUAAUGCCCUGCAAACUUUAGCCCAGUAUGAGAAGCUAUUCGCAGAGUUCAAGGAAGGAUUGUUUUCGAGCGGUUUGCCCUCUUUUGACAAAUUAAACGAUUCUGUCGUUAGUGAGUUUAAGGCAUCUGCACGGAAAAGUAUUCAAGAAGGGAGUUAUGAAAAUGUGAUUGAAAAAUCAGAAGAGUUCAUAGAUUUCGCCAUAGAAGGAAUUGAGUACUAUCAAAUGUACUAUCAACAUGUCUUGCUGUUUUGCACAUCACUUUCAUUUCUCGGGUGGAUUUAUUAUUUACUAAUCAUGCUUGAAAAUCGCGCCGGGAAGCCAUCAUUCCGUUCUUCGCAAGUUUAUACCCUAGCUGUUGCCGUGGCUGCCGUAUUCGAAGUGUUUAUAUGCCUGCAAGGUAUCCCGCAGUCGGUUGGCAUUUAUUUUAUCCUUCCUGUAUUUUGUUGGGCGAGGGUAUUCAAAAAAAUAAACAUGGACUCCAUGAGGAGAACGUUAAUGGACAAUUGGAAACUAUUACUCGGAAUAGCAGUUGGAACGGAAUUAUUGGUUUUGACAUUUUUUAGAAGGGAAGUUAUAUCUGUUGCUAUUUUAGGAUUCAUCAUUUUUCAAAACUUAACAUUCAAAGGAUUAAGGUUUUUUGACGCUACCAGGGCUCAGUAUUAUGAAUGGAUAUUCACGGGACUCCUACUGCUAAUAUUUCCACUUAUUCCGUUAAGAUUUUUUAAGAAAAACGAUUUCUUCCUAAUGUUCGGUGGAUUAUUAUGGAUGACCAAAUUGUGUCUUUCAGUGAAAGAUCUGAAAAAUUCUUUGUUGUUGCAACUGUUAUGCCUUUGUGGUUUUAUAAAUUGUGUAACUUGCUUGUAUUUACAGAACUCCGGAGGUGGGUUGUGGGUAAUAAACAUUCUACUGACUUGGGCGCUAUCUGGUUUGGCUAUUAUUUCGCCAAUUUACUCCGAUAUAACACUGAAAUACCGUCCAACGAAUAUUUUCUUCUACUUCGCUGUACCAUUCUUUCAUUUGUCGAUCGGUUAUGAAAUGACAUUCUUCGCAUUGCUAGGGGUUCAUGUUCUUAGCUUUGUUGAAUUAAGUGCUGCAACUGAAGAUCAUUCUAUACCGAACUCGAUAAGAUAUCGUGAUGACAAGAAACGUGGGAAUUUGGUAGAAAAUCUCAACAUAUCCGCAGUUAUGCUACUCUUGAUAUUUUUAUCGUUUUUCGGGACGGGAAAUAUGGCAUCAGUUAGUUCCUUCGAUCCGAUGUUUGUUCGUUUCUUCGUUACCACAUUUUCGCCUUUCACAAUGUCAGCCUUGAUUAUUUUAAAGCUAAUAGUUCCCAUUUUAUUUAUAACAGCAUCAAUAACGGCUCUAACAUUUCGUAAGCAGAUGGACGAAAAGAAAAUGUUUCUUAGCCUUUUGCUCAUUUGCGAAUUAAUGGGAUUGAAUUUCCUUUUCAUGGUGACAAACAAAGGUUCUUGGCUAGAAAUAGGCACGUCUAUAUCGCAUUUUGUAAUAAUGGAGGUUACAACGCUAGUCCUUGCUGUUGUUAGUUAUGUUUCAAAAUUAUUAUUGUUCACGGAUGCAUCAAAAAAUUUCCGCGUUAAAACAGGGAAAUUAGUGUAAUUAUAGUUAUUUGUAAAUGUGUAGUUAGAGUUUUGUAAUUUAUUUGUCAAAUAAAUAUUAUUUUACAUGAUA